AUGGACCGCACGGUUCACGAGGGAACAGAGAUGGAAGACAAUGCCAUCACAGGGGACGCUGCUAUGAGGCGGGUGCAGCAGCAGCAGCAACAGCGGCAGCAGCAGAUUGUAUCGGGCCCAGAUCCAAGUGCAGAGGCAUGGCAGCUUGAGCUGUACUAUUUGCUGGAAUCGGUAGAGGCCUGCCAACAUCAGUUGGUUCUCCUUGCCGAAGCACAUGCUGCCGCAGCCGUUUCUGCUGUUGCGGCACCAGGUGGAGGUACAGUAGUAGCAGGUCCUGCGGCUAGCCCCUCAUUGGGGGACUCUAGGGCGCAGGACUUCGCGGUCAGUUGUAUUAUGCUUCUGUGCACGGACACCGCAUCGCCAGCUCAGCGUACGCAGGCAGAGACGUCUUUAGUGGCGUUUCAGGGAUCCCCGGGCUACCUCACACUGCUGCUGCAGUGCUAUUUGCGCUGUAGAGCGACUGCAACCGCAGCAGCAGCAGUCGCUGCCCAGGGUGCAGCAGCAGCAGCCGACCAGCUGGUGCAGCUCACUGAGAAGCUCCAGCCGCCAAUACCCCAUGACCCGGAAGCUCCAUUUGUUGCUUUGGUUCUGCUUAAGGGAGCACUACAAAGCAGAUUUACGGCACGAGGCACUGAUGCUGCUGAUGAGGUGCUAAGAGGAGAAGUGGCAUUCGUACAGUCUCUGUUGGUCUGUCUGUACAAGGUGGUAGGCGCCCCGCGCUGUUCACGCUUGCUGAAGGUGUAUGUGGCGCUGCUGCGGCGCUUGGCGAGGGCUGCAGCAACGACAGCAGCAACAAUUGCCACGGCCUCCAGGCUGCAGCAGGUGCUGUCGCAGCAGGCAGUGCAGCAGACCUUAAACAGCUACAGUAGCUGCAGCUCUUCUUGGGGGAGUGUCUUGCCUCUCGGCUGCGCGACACAGCCGCUGCAGCUGCAGCAGGCAGUGCGCGAGGUCGCAGCAACGGAUGGUGCGUUGCUGCUGCUGCUUUUCGAGACAACGAUUGUGCGACUGCUGAGAGCAGCACAAGCAGAUGAUGCAGACACUGCGCUUUACGCGUAUCUCCUUAAGCAAAUCCUGAAGGAGCUGGUGACUGUGCGGAUUGGCGGGGGGCAGUUGUUUUUCGCCGCAUGCAAGUCGGUGUUGCCCUUUCUUAGUCAGCUGGUGGCAGCUCUUGCAGGACGUCUGUUGCCACUGGUCAGAGCCAAUGUCCAGCUUUUAGGGGAGCAGCAACUGCUGCACGAGCGACUGGACAAGCAGUUGGAGUAUUGCCAUGAAGGCGACCCUCAGCAGCAGACUCAACAGCCGCAGCAGCGGCAACAGCAGCCGCAGGGUCCAUGCCUGCAGGAAGAAAUAGAACGCAUGCAGCGCAAAAUCUUCGCACACAGCGAAACCUGGGAAGACAUGUCAACGCUACUGGCCCACCUUUCGAGCGCGCUGCUCUUGUGCGAGGCUAGGGCAGGCAGGCCCUCGCACGACGUGGGAGACAUAACGGCGCUGCAGGGCCUUCAUGAGCUGCUUCUGCUGUUGCUGCAGCAGCAGCAGCUAUCGGGGGACGGAAGUUUCUCUGAGGUAGCGGACCGGCAACCGUGGGUGUUUGCAAAGAUGGGGGCAGGCUCCAUGUCGAAGCUACUGCUAGCGGCCGUCCAGCAAAAUAAGUGCUGGUGUAUGCACAUGGUGCUGCUGCAGUUCUUCAGCCGCUGCAGGAUAGGCGAGCCGGAGACGGACUCGCCGUUGCUUUCCCUUCCACUGGAACUGAUCGCGAGUGCAGUGAGAGGAUCCAUGAGCUUCCUGCUGAACAUGGGUAGCAGGUCGACGGUGGGGAUGGGGAGCCCAGAGGUAGCAGGUGCAGCAGGGUCAGAGCAGGGAGUAACAAAGCUUCUCAGGAUUCAAGUAACCGAAGAUCUCCGCACCUUCUUUGCGUCUGUCGGGGGGCUGCAGAGCCUCAUGCAAGACAUUGCCCCUGCUGUUUUCCGGGCAAGCGCCACUGAGUCCCUGGACUUCCUGUCGCGGCCUGAGGAGCUCUAUGGGAGCCUUGGAUGCGCGGAAGAGGGGACGAGGCCCCUGCGCGACGCUGCAGUGGCGCUUCUGGAAGAUUGGCUUGCGCAGGGGCUGCUGGGGCCGGCCUUCCUACUGCGCACCUUUUUCGCAGCGAGCGCCUCUUUGGAGAAGCUUGCAGCACCGCCAGCAACGGGUGCAGCAGAUCGAGCGGCAGCUGCAGCAGCAGCAGGUGCUGCUGCUUCGGCGAGUUCCACCUACCUGGCUCAAGUAGAAGAGGCUGACGGGCUUCUUGCUCUAUUGGCUGCGUCGCUGCAGGGGGCCAUCCGCGCAAGCAUUUUUGAACCGAACCAGCAGGAGCGGGAGCAGGGGCAGCAACGGCCACUCGACCAGCAGCGGCAGAUCGCUGCUCAGGUUCUCGGUGCCGAGGGCGCUGCACCGUACGACUCUGCUGUCACGCAGCAGCAGCUGCAGCAGCUGUUGCAGCAGUUCAGUCAUCUCUCGCGCCUCUUGCGGUGGCUCAUCACUACUGGUCCGUUUGCUGCCGCAGUGGCAGCAGCAGCAGCAAACAAGGACCAGGAAGCAGCAGCCGCUUUUGCCAUAGUUGUUGCGCGUUGCUGCGCGGUGUUGAAGCUGCUUUUGCAGAUACACUCCGUGAUGUCCCUAGCUGACUUCCGGGAGGCCUUGUCCGGCUUGGUGGAGGAGUUGCUUAUCUCGCAGCCUCUCAUGAAGGUGCUCGUUAGCCAUCACGCUGCCUUGCAGCAGCAGAAAGUGGUGCUACAGCAGCAGCAUCAACAACACCAGCUGGAGCAGGUGCUAGUACGGCUGCAGGAGACAGAAGCCCUUGUAGAGACCGCCCUCAGAGCUCCACUCUUCGAGGCCGUUACAAACUGCCUGCAAGUUGGGGCAUUAAGUGUGGUCAAGGCAAUGAUCAACCGCAGCUCCGAGCAGCAGGAGUGGCUGGAGCGGGGACAGGGACAACAGGUGCAGCAGGGGCAGCUCAAAUUGUCCUAUAGGGAGCUGCAGAGGCCGUUUUUGUUACUUUUGUCCCAGAGCGACCGCAGCCUCUGGAGCAGCAGGCUGCUAAAGAUGCUGCUAUUGCUGCAGUCAUGCGGCCGCGAGGAGCAACAAGAGCAGCCCUUAGAGGAUACCUUCUUUGACUUUUCCGACCUGCCAAACUACGGCGACGUGGCGUAUCUCCGCCGCGUCAUCAUGCAGAGCAGCAGCAACAACAGCAGCAGCACCACCAGCGGGGGGGAGCUGCGGUGGUCUCAUGUGCGUUCGGAUGGGCAGUGGGCUCUGGCCCCAACCCAGGUGGUGAUUCUCUUGCUGCAACUCAUACCAGCGGUUGCCGACCAGCGCCUGAAAGUUGCCGAGCCGCAGCGCCCUUUGCUGCUGCUGUGCCUGUUAGAAGCAGCAGCUCUUUGUAUCGCUGUAGGUGCGGCUCCGCUGGCGCCUCCCCAAAUACGGCAGAUGGCGGGUUCUCUCCUGCCGCAGUUAUAUUCUUCUGCAGAGGCCCGUUUGGUCCAGAGCCCUUGUUCGGGUAAAGUGGUGCAGCAGCAGCUGAGGGCAUGCACGAUGCUGGUUCUGCAGCUGCUGCUGCUGGAUCGCGGGGACUGGCCUCUGUUGGAAAGGCUGCUACAUCAGGCCUUGGCAGCUACAGCUUUCCGUGGGCUGUUGAACCUGGAGGGAGAGGAAGCGCAGGCAGUCAGCGGCAGCUUUCCUGUGCUUUGCUGCUGGGGCCUGCGGUACCCUCUUGCCUUUGUUGCUGCUGCUACAGCGGCGCUUGCGGCUACUGCAGUAGGGGUGCGGCAGGAGCUCAUGGGGUCCUUCAUGUUUGCAGCAGAAGAGGUGCAACUCAACGAACUACUCCUAAGGUUUGCUACGGCAAUGCUGAACGCCAAACGGGCCGCUUACUUUCCCCUCGUGGGGGUCUCUUUUGCGGCACUGUCUGUGCGCAUCAUUUCGCGCGCCCUUUCGUUUGUCCCAUCCCUUGCUGCUGCUAGUACCAGCAAUGCCUGUACACCCGAGCUGCUGCAGCGGGUCUCAGGAUUGCACAUGGAACGGUGUGCAACUACUCUCGAGGCCGCUGUCCAGCUCAUGGCAGGAGCUGCAGCGACUUUCAACAGCAGCAGCAUAAACAGCACACCAGAGCCUUUAGCAUCAUUUGGGGAGAAGCAGGGAGCUCUAACGGGGGACCCGGGAGCUUUGGUAUCUGCGCACUUGGAGAGGCAGCUGCUGUCUCUGAGUGGGGAAGCAGCGUCGAGUGCUGCUGCAGCUGCGGCUGCGUUGCAACAGCCUGCCUGCGCUCCGCCUGAAGUAAGGCGGUGUCUGGCGCUGCUGCAUAUCAGCCUUAGCGGGACAUCCCUAGACAAAGAAGACUGGAAGCAAGGCCUAUCUCGACUAGCUGAGGACACAGUUAACACGGCGAGAAAUUGUCUCUUCGCGCUACGCUGCGUCUCUUCGGGGGCCCCCCUGGCGUACCCAGGGGGCCUACCUUCAGCGAAUUGCACUUUAGGUCCCCCCAAUGAAGUUCACCUGGGCGUCCCUACACCAGCCUCUGUUUCGGCCUGGAACAGCUGCUUGAGCACUGAAGAGCGGGAGGCUCUUUCAGUGCGCCUUAACGGUAUCUCGCCGGCGUGGCGCGGGUAG